AUGACUAAGCCAGCCUGGAGCCUCUGGGUCAUCUGUGUUGUUGGAGCUGUGAGUCUUUCUGCACAACACAUCAAUCCGUUGUGUGAUGCCGCUCAUUUUUGCAACUAUUCCGCAAGGGCUUUGCAUGCAAUUCCACCUGGUCUAAGAGAUAAUGUCACAGGGCUGGAUCUGGCCUCCAACAGCAUUGAGGAAAUCAGAGAAGAGGACCUGAAGUUUGCAGUCCAGCUCAGAACUCUUUUGCUCCAAUCUAAUCUAAUUCGGACAAUUGAUGAGGAUGCCUUUCGGUUCCUUGUGAAGCUGGAGCAUUUGGAUUUAUCAAGGAACAAACUGACCCACUUAUCUCCAUCUUGGUUCAGGCACCUUUCUUCCCUGCAGAAGUUAAACAUCAAAGGUAACUACUACUCAUCACUUGGGGGAACUCCACUGUUUUCUGACCUACAAAAGCUGAGAUAUCUGUACUUGGGAAAUGAUGACCACUUCUCUGCUUUAUGGACACAAGACCUGGAAGGAAUUUCAGUUCUUGAAGAACUGGAGAUUGAGGGGCGAAACAUUAAACAACAUGAACGUGGAGCCUUACAACCAAUUAAGUUCAUAAAUCACAUUAUUUUGAAUGUUCCGUCCAUUCCCAUUUUAUACUCCAUUAUAUCUGAUGUUCGAAAUUCUGUGGUGUGCCUUGAACUGAGGAAUAUGCAAUGGCUUGACAUUCCAUCCUUUUCCUUGCUUGAUCUGGUCCCUGUGGAUGCAAAGAAAAUUAUCCUGCAAAAUAUUGAAUUUUCGGAUAAGUCUGUUGUUCAGCUUUCAACCGUUCUUUCCACAAUGAGUCAAGUGCAUGAACUUGAAAUAAUCAAUAGCAAUAUGCGCAGUACGGGAGAUUUCCAUGGUAUUGAGCAUUAUUCAAGGAGUUUACAAGUAAUAACAGUCAGAAAUUUUACAAAUGAAUUGUUUUAUUUGGCUAUAGAUCGUUCUAGUGUGAUGUCUCUUGUAGAGAAUAUUACCAAACUUACAGUUGAAAAUACAAAAACUGUUAUAAUGCCCUGCUCACUUGCGAAAAAAUUCCAUUCACUGCUGUAUCUUGAUCUCAGUGUGAAUUUGUUGCUAGACCAAUCAUUGAGUAUGUCAUUGUGCCCGGGUGCCUUGCCUAGACUGAAAACAUUAAAUGUUAGCCAAAAUUCUUUGAAACGGAUUGAGGUUGUAGCACAAAGUUCUGCUCGUGUGGUAAACCUCUCUAAUUUGGAUGUGAGUCAAAAUAGCUUUGAAGAAUUGCCAAACUCAUGUGUCUGGCCAAAAAGGCUGAAAUAUCUAAACAUCUCUGGCUGUAAAUUAAGCAAACUCACACCCUGCAUCCCUCAAAGUCUUGAAGUGCUGGAUGUUAGCAACAAUAAACUCCAAGACUUUAGACUGACCCUGCCCCAUCUACAGGAGCUUUAUAUAAAAAACAAUAAAUUAGCAGCCUUACCGGAUGUUAUCUUCAUCCCGAGUGCUAGAAUAAUGAAUAUUAGAGAAAACAAAGUUAUUGAAUUCUCUGAGGAACAACUUGAAAAAUUUACAGAAAUGGAGAGCUUGGAUGCACGUUACAACGCUUUCCAAUGCUCCUGUGCAUUUGUGUCCUUCAUCAAGUCUCAGCCAAGAAUCCCUAACAUCUCUGUUGGUUGGCCAGAAAACUACAUCUGUGACUCUCCAGAUCACGUAAGGGGUCAGAAAAUAGGAGCUGCUCAGUUACCACUGGCUGAGUGUCACUUGGCUUUGAUGAUGUCCUUAAUUUGCAUUCUGCUGCUGCUGAUCAUCCUGGGGGUGGCAUCUCUUUGCUACAAGUUCCAUGUCUUCUGGUAUACACAGAUGAUCUGGGCCUGGCUCCAAGCAAAACGCAAGCCCCAAAGAGCCCACAAUCAAGAAAUCGACUAUGAUGCGUUUGUUUCCUACAGCGAACAGGAUUCAGAAUGGGUGGAGAAUGUAAUGGUACAGGAGCUAGAGCAGGCUCACCCUCCAUUUAAACUCUGCCUUCAUAAAAGGGAUUUUCUGCCUGGCAAAUGGAUUAUGGACAACAUUGUUGACUCCAUUGAGAAGAGUAAGAAAACCCUCUUUGUGCUGUCGGAGCACUUUGUGAAGAGCGAGUGGUGCAAGUAUGAACUUGAUUUCUCUCACUUCCGUUUUUUUGAUGAAAAAAACGAUGCAGCAAUUUUGGUCCUUCUGCAGCCCAUUCCAGAGAAAUCCAUUCCCAAAAGGUUUUGCAAACUGAGGAAACUAAUGAAUACAAAAACCUACCUUGAAUGGCCAAGGGAUGAAGAUCAACAACCUCUGUUUUGGCUUAACUUGAAGAUGGCAAUAAAAUCUUAG